AUGGAAAACAGACUGAUAAAUCUGGAAACGGAAAUUAAAUUGAAAGUAAGCGCUGAACAAGUGAAUGACAUUGUAAAAUCGUUGAUUGGUUCAUGUGUCACUAAUGAAGCUAAAAUUGAUAUUGAAAAAUCUGUGGAGUUAAAAGUAGCAGAAAUUAGGGACAGCUCCAGCAGGGAGAAAAAUAUUAUUAUUCAUGGAGCACCAGAAUGCAAAGAGCGACUUCCUUCUUCUCGUAAAGAAGCAGACACCUUGUUUGCCAAAGAACUUGCAGAUUAUUUACGCACAAGCACUGGCUGCAUUGGUAAAGUGAUGAAAAUUGGUAAACAAUCAGAUGAUUUAGAGAAACCAAGGCCUAUGAAAGUUUGUUUAAAUAAUACCGAAGACAAGAAGAGUUUCAUGAUAAAUCUGUCGAAGCUGAAGAAUGCAGAAGAAGGAAGCAAAUUCUGCAACAUCAGUGUGACCCAUGAUAUGACAAAGUCCGAGAGGGAACUUAACAAAGCUAUGUUUAGAGAAGCAAAAGAGAAAACAGAAAAGGACUAA